UCGCCUCUCUGCGCUCUCUGGAUGUCAACAAUAACACGUGCGUGAGGAGUCGAGGGGCGCCGCUUGGCCCACACUGAAUAUCUAAAGACAGGGCAUCGCCAAGGCCCCAGGGACACGGAGAGGCAAGAUGGGCCGCUCAAGACUGAAGUACAAACCCAAACCAACCAUCGUGACGGAUGACUCAGAGGCGAAGAGGAUAAAAGUAGAGAUUGACAGCACAGAAAAGUAUGACGCCAGCAAUGCUCUGGUGCUGCCGUCGGCCAAGCGAGCCACAAAGAAGGUCCGGGACAAGAGCGCAGGACCAGUCAGGCUCCUCUCAAAGAAGAAAAGAAAACUACUGGAGAAAAUUGUUGACCAAAAGGAGAAGAAAGCCAAGCGAGCAGGCCUCCUUGCAGCGCUGCAGGAGGUGAAGGCCAAGCCGCAGGACCUGGCCAAGUUGACGCAGCUGCAGGAAACCCAGACACUCGGCCGCAAGAAGUUCAUGGCAAGUGAUUUCACAGUCAUCAACAACAACCAGGAGGAGGAGGAGAGCCAGGAGGCCGGGAGGAUGCCAAGUGCAGUCAGGGGAGGGAAGAGGAAGAAGCGCAAAAGGCCGCCACGGGAGGAAGAAGAAGAUGAGGAAGCAGAAGAGGAGGAAGAGCAGCAACAGCAGUCAGAUCCUACUGUGGUCAGGCUGGGGGAAGUGUCUAGCAGCAGUGAUGAGGAGAGUGACGAAGACCUGGCAAACAAAGAAGAACCACUACAAGAGGAAGAAAAGGAAACAGACACCAAAGAACCAGUGACAGUAGAAAACCAAGAAGACAACAAGAAGGCAGAGGAAAAGACAGACACAAAAGAGAAAGAACAAGGAAGUAACAGAGAUGGAGAAGACACAAGCCACACUAAGGCAACCACAAAGCCACAGCCAGCCGUCUACAUGAGUGUGAAUCGGCCAGCAGAGGUUCAGGCAGCAAGACUGAAGCUUCCCAUUCUAGCGGAAGAACAGGCAGUGAUGGAGGCAAUCAAUGAGCAGCCCGUCACUGUCAUUGUUGGCACUACAGGCAGCGGGAAGACCACACAGGUGCCUCAGUUCCUUUAUGAGGCUGGAUACACCAGUGGAGGGCGGAUGAUUGGAAUAACAGAACCAAGGAGGGUGGCUGCCAUAUCCAUGUCGAAGAGGGUGGGGCAGGAGAUGAGUCUGUCGCCCCGCCAGGUGUCCUACCAGAUCAGGUUUGAGGGCAACGUCACGCCAGACACUUGCAUCAAGUUCAUGACUGACGGAGUGCUGCUCAAGGAGAUUCAGCUGGACCCAACACUGAAGAAAUACUCGGUCAUCAUCAUCGACGAGGCACACGAACGCAGCGUCUUCUCGGACAUCCUGAUUGGCAUCCUCUCACGCAUCCUUCCCCGGCGCCAGGCAAAAGGCAACCCACUCAAACUCAUCAUCAUGUCUGCAACGCUCAAAGUGGAAGAUUUCACUCUCAACCCUCGUCUCUUCAAGGAACCCAAGCCUCCUGUUAUCAAGGUGGAGUCACGCAUGUUUGACGUCACCAUCCACUACAACAAGCGGACCUUGGAUGACUACGUGGGGGAGGCGUACAAGAAGACCUGCAAGAUCCACCGCCAGUUGCCUGAAGGAGGGAUACUGGUCUUCCUAACUGGUCAGCAAGAGGUGAACACUGUGGUGAGGAAGCUGCGUGCCACCUUCCCCAUGCCAAGAGAGGACUGGAAGGAGGUGGGGAAAGGUGUGCCCAGUGUCAGCGGAUACCGGAGGAAGAAGGAGGAACUGAAAGCCCAGCGCAAGGCAGCAAAGGAAGAACCCACGCAGAAAAUCAUCCUCCCUGAAGUAAAAUUGGAGAACUUUGUGUCAGCCCUUCCUGAUGACGGUGAGGGAGAGCUGGAUGAGGGAGGCACAGAGCUGGAGGACCGAGGGAUCAACGACCACGCGGACUCGGAUCUCGACCUUGAUGGGGAGGAGGAGGAGGAGGAUGGACCAAGAGGGAAUGAGCAGCCUCUGUGGGUGUUGCCGCUGUACUCCCUCCUCCCUCCUGAGAAGCAGCAAUUGGUGUUCCAGCCACCACCGGAAGGGACGCGGCUGUGUGUGGUGGCGACCAACGUGGCAGAGACGUCGCUCACCAUCCCCAGCGUGAAGUAUGUGGUGGACAGUGGCCGGGUGAAGGAAAAGGUGUAUGACAAGGUGACGGGUGUGUCCAUGUUCCACGUCACUUGGACCUCCCAGGCGUCGGCCAAUCAGAGGGCGGGGCGUGCCGGCAGGACAGCACCUGGCCACUGCUACCGUCUUUACUCCUCGGCCGUGUUCAAUGAUGAGUUCCUGAAGUUCUCCAUCGCCGAGAUCCAGCGGCGCCCCAUCGACGACCUGGUGCUGGUGAUGAAGGCCAUGAACCUCCCCGUCAUCAACUUCCCCUUCCCCACGCCACCAGACAGUUUACAGGUGCGGCACGCUAUGCGGCGGCUAUUGACACUGGGAGCGCUGCACGAGGCGCCUGACCCCACGGAAAAAUCAAUCCAGGACAAGAAGAGAAUGAAGACUGAGAAGGCCAAAGACUUGAGUCGUAUCACCUCCCUGGGCAAGGCAAUGGCUGCUUUCCCUCUGGCACCACGCUAUGGCAAGAUGCUGGCCCUCAGCCACCAACACAAUCUGCUGCCCUACACCGUGGCCCUGGUGGCCGCCCUCACUGUGCCGGAGGUCCUCACUGAGACCCCACUGGACGUCAAGGAGUCUGUUGAUGAAUUACGGAAGCAGUGGCGUGCGGUACGGCUGUCCUGGGCAGGAUUGGGCCAGGCACAGCUGCUGGGUGAUGCCAUGGUGCUCCUGAGGGCGGUGGGUGCAGCUGAGCAUGAGAGAAGCAACAGGACUUGGUGUGAGAAGAAUGGUCUGAGACACAAGGCAGUGGUGGAGAUCAGAAAGUUACGUCGCCAGCUCACCAAUGAGAUCAACCUUAUCAUCCCCUCCUGUGACCUCCUCCUUGACCCCAACAUGGCACCCCCCAGUGAGGAGCAGGCCAGGUUACUGCGUCAGAUAGUGCUGGCCGGGACUGUGGACCACGUGGCUCGCCGGGUGGAUGACCAUGAACUGAAGACACCUGAGGACAAGGUGAAGUGGAGGCAUGCAUACCGAACUCAAGAGAUGGAGGAGCCGGUGUUCCUGUCCUCGUCAUCAGUGCUGUACAAGGAGAUGCCUAAGUGGGUCGUGUACCAGGAUGUGUACCAGACCCACAAGAUGUUCAUGAGGAACGUGACAGCCAUCGAGGACGAGUGGCUGGCAGUGUUUGCUCCUUCUCUCUGCACUUUCUCCCAGCCCCUGGAGACGCCUGAGCCUCACUACAACGCAGACAGGGACACCAUCCUCUGCCACUGCACUGCCACUUAUGGUCCUGCUGGGUGGGAGAUAACACAGGUAGAGGUGGAGUACCCUAAGGGGAGGGAAAUAUUCCGGUGGGUGGCUUACUUCUUCCUCCUGGGUCACCUAUGUCCCAUCCUGGCCCCCUUCGUGCAGCACCUGAAUGAGCCAAGGACACUCGUCAGCCCAGUGGCCCUCAGGUUCCGUAAGGAGAGAGAGUGUCUGCUGCAGGCGCUGAUGAGUCGAGGCGCCACCAGCCUUGCCAAGUUGAAGGAGAUCUGGACUGCCGAGCCAAAAUACUUGCUGGCAGAGUACACCCAGUGGCUGCAGGAUAAGGAGCUGAAGCCUGAGGUAGCAAGACUGUGGCCUCCCAUUGGUAAGACUGCAGAGGCUGAAUGGAGCUGAUCAUGCAGUGCCACAGUGGAUACUUCUCAGCACUGUCAUAAGUGUGUGGAGGUGGGGGGGGGGCUCUACAUUGCUGAGUAAUUCCACUGCAGUGAUAUUGGUCUUGUGUAUUUCAGUGGGUGUGUCUGCUCUUCACCCGGUCAACUUGUGUACAUAUGUAUUUGUUUUAUAAAUGUUGCACAUAAUAAGUAUUGCCAAAUGUCUGUUUUCCUAUUAAAUUAUUGACCUUAUA